CGUAGUGUGGCCGAUCAGGCGCGAUUAUACUUCGUGUCGAUGCAGGCCGCUUGGCUCCAGCCACUCUGGCGCAAGCAAUUUUUGUUUGGGGGCAAUCGCUCUGCAAGUCCGCCGGGUCCUCCCAGCAUCUCUCGGCGCGACACCAUGGCUCGGCGGGUGGUGAUCGCGGUUUUUGCUGCCCUGCUCGGCUGCGGCAUGCUGAUGUCCGCUUUCGUGCCCUUCUCGCCGAUGGCCAUCCGCCCGGCGGAUCAGCAGCCUGCAGCGCUGGGAACGGCGAUGACGCCUGACGACAGGAUUGUCCUGCCGCGUGGGUGCUGCAUUCUCAACUGUGAUUCCCAUGUCGCAAUAGCUGAAGGGCAGAACUGCAGCAGCAGCAACAAUGAGUCACUGAAAAUAUUGUCGUACACGUUGCACGAUUCGAAUGCUCACCGCGUUGCUGGAUGGAACAUCCAAGGGUGGUUGAAGUUUAUAGGCUCUCACGGGGUGGGUGCCAAGUUUGUGUUCCAGGUGGGCUCUUUUGGUGCAUUUUUGGACGAGGUGCUCCCGUUGUUGAAAAGCAUGGACCCGUAUCAGGCGCAACAGUGGCAAGGAGUCAUUGCAGAGGCCAACCGGUACAACGUUGACAAAUUGAAGGAAGCAUAUGUUGAGCAGCUAUCAGCAGGCACACUUCGCAUAAUAAAUACUGCUGUUGCAGAUGUGUGUCAUACUCCCACAUUAAAAUUUGUCGUGCCCAGCCCAGUUUUUCCCGGAAAGGGGCAAGGAAAAGUUCAAAUGGAAGUUCGGAACCGGAACGAUCAAAGAUAGUGAGAACGGGCAGGCAAUGCAGACGUGGGGCAAAGACCAGUGGGAAGAGCUCGAGGUUCCAUGUGGCACAACAGACCAUGUGAUGCGCCUCGGGAACGUCCCAGAAUCACCAGAUUUUGUGCAGGUUGAUGCCGAAUCGCACGAUGCGCACAUUCUGAUUGGGAUAGAUUUCACCAAGUUCAGUCCCAAAUUGAUUCGGUGGGAAAGUCUUCCAAACAUGGAGAAGAAAGACACCUUGCUGGACAAGCUAUAUAGCCAUGGCUACGUCACCAUAAAAACUGGUGUCGGCGCAGAUCCGUUCGCGGUCCGGCAAGAUGUUUUGUUCGCAGCGGUUGGAACUACUGUUUAGAGCGUCGACCCUCUGGGCCUCUGAGUGCUCAGCAAUGGAAUUAUUCGGCGCCUCAGUCUGUGAGCCUUGGCAUGUCAGGCCAGCGCAGCGAAUGAGACGCAGUUAUUUGUUUCCCAAGACGGCACUCACAACUGCAUAUGAGACAGCGCCCCGCGUCUCCCUCCUUUCUUCCUCCUCCCCCCCCGUCCUCUUCCUCCCCCUCCUUGCCCCAGCGGUUGCUCUCGCAUGCGUUUCCCCCGCCCUGGGCAGCGCUCCGUGGCCCCGUAGCUCCGAUGAAGGUUUCUCAAGCCAGCGUGGCCAUUCUCUAU